GAGGAGCGAGGCGCUUUUAGAAAGAGUUUGGGGAGAGAGAGCUGUCACACGGGGGCCGCGAGGCAGGGACGGCGGAGCAUCGCGCGAUGUGACUGUGCGAGUAACGGGCCCGUGAUCCGAGCGCGUGCUGUGACGCUCCUGUUCAUCUGAAGGUAUUUGAAAUACCUUUCUCACCGCAGCCUUUAAAAAACACAAAACAGCCCAAAACAUUUGUUGUUGUUGAUGUUCUCUCUGUCGUGUCCCGGAUAAACAAAUCAAAACACAACAAAAGUUCUUGGCAACAAGUGGAAUUUCUGCGUCUGAUUGUCCUUUUUUGAGCGUUUUUCUAAUCGCGUGGAUCGCGCGCGAGCCCCGCUAUGGAGGAGCAGAAGGACCAAACCGGGCGCGAUUCGAGCGAGGCUGAGCGCGCGGCGCCCUCCCUGCCGGCGCUGCCCCACCAGGCAGCGCAGCAGCUCCACCGGACCACCAACUUCUUCAUCGACAACAUCCUGCGGCCGGACUUCGGCUGCAGGAAGGAGCUCGCAGCGCGGGAGCGGGAGCGCGCGCACACCGCGGGCCGCGAGAACGUCAACCCGCUUGCCGCCAGGCCGACGCACGCGGGCGGCCUCCUUCGCCACGACGCCAACGACUGCACGACGUCGUCGUCGUCCUCCUCCUCGUCCUCCUCCUCACCUUCGUCGUCGUCGUCGCCGUCCUCCAAGACGACGUCGGCCAAGCUGAAUACGGAAGGGAAUGGGAGUGCGGCAGCCAAGUACGGGGAGCACGCGCCCAUAAUGGAGGUGAACGGGAAGAGUGGGAGCACGACAACCAAGGAAUCGCAGCCGUUACUGUGGCCCGCGUGGGUUUACUGCACCAGAUACUCGGACAGACCGUCAUCCGUCUCCACACCAGGCCCGAGGACGCGCAGACUGAAGAAGAAGAAGAGCGAAAAGGAGGACAAGCGGCCGCGGACGGCCUUCACGGCCGAACAGCUGCAGAGACUCAAGGCCGAGUUCCAGGCUAACCGCUACAUCACGGAGCAGCGGAGGCAGUCGCUCGCCCAAGAACUCAACCUCAACGAGUCCCAGAUCAAAAUCUGGUUCCAGAACAAAAGGGCCAAAAUCAAAAAGGCCAGCGGCUUCAAGAACGGCCUGGCCCUGCAGCUCAUGGCCCAGGGACUUUACAACCAUUCCACCACCACGGUGCAAGACGAGAAGGAGGACAGCGAGUGAUCGAGUGACCUCUCGUUUUCUUCAUUUAAAACAAUUUAAACGAAGGCUAUAGACGCUGACCCCAAGCGACUUGUUUUUCCAUAUCCUUUGUGCAACAAACGUAUGGGGAAGAGGACAGCUCUCGAAGAGACCUUAUUUAAGCAGAUCUAUCCUAGGCUACGAUAUACGGCCAAACAUCUAAAUACGAACACUAUGGAGAUUUAUAUAUAGCCCAAAAAACUGUAAGAUGUAUAUAUUUAAAUUCAGGUAAGGGGGAGGGGAAGGGGGGUUUUACCUGUGCGUCUCCUUACUUGCUGGACGUUUUUACCAUUCACCCACACCCCCAACCCACCCCCCCCUCACCCCCACCCCCUCUCCCUGAUGUUGUCGCUCAGUAGUUUUUUGUGUCUAUAAAAACCUCUAAAAGUCCCCUAUCUAUCUCACCAACCAAUCUACACACGCGUGACUGAACAACCGACGCUUCAAGCCAAAGAUUUUAAUAUGUUUAGAGAUUAUGUUGUCUGAAAUAAUAAAAAAAAGAGGUAGAACGUGC